AUCAAAACUCAGUCAAGUUUGUCGUAAAAUAAUUGUUUGAUUCAUAUCCGUUUGCGUGUAAAAUUUACGAAAGUGCAAUUAUGUUUGAGGAUUUUCUCUAAAUUAAUUUGUAAACUAUGACAUCAUUUAUUGAAAAGGAGCUAGAAGAUUUUGUAGAUCCAGAUGAAGAACCUCAUUUUGUUAGAAAAACAACAUGGAAAACAAUAAUUUGCACCAAAUUAGCUAGAGGUCUCAUAAUUGUUCUAUUUUUGGCUAUAGUUGUACCAACUUUAGCUUAUUUAUUUGUUAUAUCCAGAAACGUACCCAGUGUAGAUGAACAGGAAGAUUACUAUUGUCUUAUCAGAGAAGAAUAUAGAGUACCUUGCGGUAAAAUCGGCAUAACUUCAUAUGAAUGUGAAAAAAUAAAUUGCUGCUUUGAUACCACAACUGGAAAAUGUCAUCAUUUUUUACCAUCAAAAUACUUCUACAGACCUGAUCCAGGUAGUGAUUCAUAUCAAACCUCUCAAGCCAGUUCCCCAGUGGGCUCGAAAGCUUUACAAAAUCUCAAACUUACCAUCCAAAAUAAGACUUCCAACAGAUUAUCUCUGAUAAUCCACGAGCCAUCUGAAAUCGUCAAGCCCAUAAGCACCUCUGACCCAAACUAUUCAAUAACUCAAGCUUCCAAAAAGCUCAUUGUUGAAGUAUUUGAUAAAGAUGGAGAUGCGAUAUUUACAAGUGCCAAAGGAGCUUUGAUCGCCUCUGAAAAAUAUUGGGAAUGGUCGUUUCAGCUUUCUAAUGACACCUUGUUCGGGUUGGAUAGAAAUUUGAUUAAGUUGAAUGCUGAUCAGAAUUUAACUAAAGUGAUUUAUAAGAAUAGGGACGAUCAUUCUACUUUACCGGUAUUUUGGGCGUAUCAGAAUGGAAAAUUUCAUGGCGCAGUGAUCAAGCAUGAUGGUCCUUUGGAAAUAGAAGUCCUCUCCUCAUAUACUGUAAUAUUGAGAAGCUUGCUUGGUAAAAAAAUUGAAGUUGAGUUGUCUUUAGGUCCAACUCCAGCAGAUUUAUAUAGAGACCAAACAGUAGAUGAUAUUGUAGUGCCUCCUUUAUGGUUUUUGGGUACUCAUAAUUGUAGAAAAGGUGAAAGCACAACUUUGAGCGAUUUAUUAAAAAUUUACUCGGCCAAUAAUAGUUCGAAUUUAGACACGGAUUGCAUCCAUGAAAAUCUUUUUGUUACCUUGCAAAACAAAACCCAAUCCCAAGAUGACGUGGAUUUGUUAAAAACUUAUGUUGUCGAUAUGUUUGCUAAUGGUAAAAAGUUUAUGUUUUGUCUACCCCCACAGAUUUUAAUUCACGAAAACAACGAACUCUACAUUAAAGCAAAAGAGCUGGGCAUUCUUUACAAAAACGAAAAUGGAUCCAUUUAUGAAGGUUCUUACCUCAACCAGCCUGUAGUUUAUCCAGACUAUUCGGCAAAUUCUUCUGAAUAUAUGGAAACCUUAAUAAAAUGGAUAGAUACACACCUAGGAAUGGACUAUAUUAGUGGUUUUAUAUUAAAUGAUAAUUGGCCAGAGGAUGAAAGUUUCAUCAAAGUUCCAAGUUCAAGUUUUCCAUAUUAUACUCAGGAAAUAAACAAUCAAAUGCUGUAUACGCUUCCCUGGUACCUAAAAGGCCAUAACCAAGUUGCCCAUUAUGAAAGUCACAACUUAUAUGGACAAUAUCAAGAUGAUGCUUUAAGUAGGGUAUUACCAGCCUCGCAAUCUUUGAUAAUAGCAUCAACAAAAACUUAUGGCAACACUGAGCCAGUAAUUUCUGAUAAUUUUGAUACUUCUUGGGAAAAUUUUAAGCUGUACUUAAAUAGAAUUUUGUUUGGGAGUAUUACUGGUAAUCAAAUGGUUGGCUUACCAAUAUGCGGAGAUACAGAUAAUUACAACAAAACAUUACAUCAGGUUUUGUGUUUGAGAUGGUAUAUUGCAGCUGCUUCUAUGCCAUAUUUUAGAGUAAUUUCAGGUGAUGUUUUUAGAGAUCCUGCGAAUCUCAAUUCUCAAUACGCAACUCAAGCAGUUGAGGCCUCUAUUAAAAGAAGAGCCUUAUUGCAGGACUAUUUUUAUACUAUAAUGAAUAAAAAUGAGCCAUUAGUAAGGCCCAUGUAUUAUGAUUAUUUUAAUAACACAGAAACGUUUUCUUUGGAAAGACAAUACACGAUUGGAAAAGACCUAAUGGUAGCUCACCCCCUAAGUAGUGGACGUAUUGUUUUGCAAGUAUACUUACCACCAGAAAGAGGAGUUUGGUACGAAUUCUGGGGAGGCACCAUUUUUAAACCGCUUCAAAAAAACAGAUAUUAUAUGGACAUUGAGACAUUUGAAACUGAUUGGACUAUGUUGGUUGCACAAGGCACGAUUGUUGCUUUAACAACUUCUACAGAUAUUCAACUUUACAUCGCGUUGGAUUGUUCUAUGGAAAGCAAUUGUACUGCAUCAGGUGAUUUGCUAAAAGAUGGUAAUAAUUUUACGUUUUUGGCUACGAAUAGUUCAGUAACAAUAAAAAAUAUACCAGCUAGUUGUGGUUAUUUUGUAACGUUUUUGAAGGUUUAUAAUUAUACGGAUAGUAGUUUGUAUUCGAAAAAUGCGGAGUUGUGUAAAGAAGGGCACGGAGAUUCUUUAGCUAUAAAUUAUAGUGAGGAUACAUAAGAUUUGAAUUUGCAAUUAUUCUAAAAUGGUAAUAGAUAAGUUUAUAA